AUGCCCACCUCUGCCGCCCAGCCCUGCCUGUCUCUGCCUUCCUUGCUGCUGCCUCUGCUGCUGGGACUCACAGGUGUGACAGGUGAAGAGCUGACGGUGACUCAGCCUAAGAGAGUGUUGGCUACAGCUGGAGAGGCAGUCACUCUGCCUUGUGUCAUGUCCUCUCUGCAACCCUUGGGGCCCACUCAGUGGUUCAGGGGGACUGGGCCAAAUCGGCAGUUAGUUUACAGUUUCAAAGGAGGCCUAGACCCCAUUCGCCUCUUCCCCCGGGUGAGAAAUGUUACAGACUCCACAAAAAGAGGCAACUUGGACUUUUCCAUUCGCAUCAUUAACAUCACUCUAGCAGACGAUGACACCUACUUCUGUGUGAAGUUCACGAAAGGAUCCCCUGAUGACGUCGAGUUUAAGUCUGGUGUCGGGACACAGGUGACCGUGAGUACCAAGCCCUCUGCCAUCAUGCUAUUGGGCCCCACGGCAAGGACCACACCUGGGCAGACAGUGAAUUUCACCUGCGAGUCCCACGGCUUCUUCCCCAGAGAUGUCACCCUGAAGUGGUUCAAAAAUGGAAAUGAGCUCCCAGCUCUGCAGACCAAGGUGGUCCCGCCAGGCAACAGUAUCUCCUACAACAUCUCCAGCAGGACCCAGGUGUUGCUGACCCCAGAGGAUGUCCACUCUAAGAUCAUCUGUGUGGUGGCCCACAUUACUUUGAGGGACUCUCUUCUUGCGACAGCCAACUUGUCUGAGAUCAUCCGAGUUCCACCCACCUUGGAGUUAACCCGUUUCCCCGUUGAAGGGAACCAGGUGAACAUCACCUGCCAAGUGAAGAAGUUCUACCCCAAGAGUCUACAGCUGACCUGGUUAGAGAAUGGAAGUGUGUCCCAGAUAGAUUCAGCCUUGAUCCCCAUCGAGGACAGAGAUGGGACCUAUAGCCUGAAGAGCUGGACCCUGGUGAACUCAUCUGCCUACAAGGAGGAUAUGCUCACCUGCCAGGUGGUGCAUGAUGGGCAACCAGCAGUCAGCAUAAACAAGGCCCAGAAAGUCACUACCCCCUUGAAGGACCAGGGCACAGAGUCAACUUCUGGUCCAUGCCUGGAGCUGUGGACUCCCCUCCUCCUUUUUGGAGGUCUCCUCUUAGGCCUCAAGGUGCUGCUGGUGGUUGGUGUUUCUGUCAUCUAUGUCUACAGGAAGCAGAGGGCCUGA